AUGGUUUCAAUACCACCUGAUACAACUCCUGGAACUUCCAAAAAACGAAAAUCAACUACUACAAAUGAUCCUUCUCCAGAAAAAGAUAAAACCAGAAAAUAUGCCCAAGCCUCAAGAACCUUAAAAGCGUGUGAAUUAUGUCGAAAACAGAAAACUAGAUGCUUCCGAUCCCCAGAAAAUCCCAAUUCAUGUUUAAGAUGUCGAUUUUUAAGCAAAACAUGUUCAUUUGAAAAUGAAGAAACCGAAGGUGAAAUAAGUGGGAUGUUACCAUUUAAUUUAUCAAAUCAAGAAACCACCAAGAAAAUUGAUAUGAUACAUGAUGGUAUAAAUCAAAUAUUAAAUUAUAUGAAAAAUGGAGCUCGUACUGAAGAUGCCAAAUUAUUGUUAGAUGCAUCUGAAUCAAUGAAAGAUCGUUCCAAUAGCAUAGUAAAUGCAAAUGAUCAAAAUAUCCCACAAUUUGAUUCUUUUAAAUCUGUUAGUUCAGCAUCACCAAUUGCAAUAUUACAACAAUUAUUUCCCCACCAAUGUAAUACACUGAUAACCAACCCGAUGUUACAAAAUACCACGUUAAUCCAAAAAGAAGAUGUUAUAACUCUUGGGAUUUUAUCAGAACAUGAAGUAACAGAAUUGAUUUCUAAUUUCAGAAGGAAUUAUGGACGUUGGGUUUCAUUCCCAUCAUCUGUUUCCACGGAAAAUUUGAUUGUUCAAAUAAAAGAAAAAUCUGACUUAUUAUUAACUUCUUGUUGUCUUGUAUCAUUCAGAUAUUAUAAAUAUAAGGGACCAAACAACCGAUCAAUGGAAUGUCAAUUAUUGACCCAACGUUUAACUCAAGAUUUAAAUAAUUCAUUAGUGAAAUAUACUUCUUUUGGAACUUGUCUAGGACAAGUUGAAUUUUUACAAGCAUUAGUGAUAUUAAGUAUAUAUCUGAAAAGUUUAUCCAAAUUGGAUCAUAGUCUAAAUCUCGACCCUUGGUUUUUAUCAAAUAUUGGUUUGUCGACUUUCAUCACCAAAACUGCAUUAAUAGAUGAUUUUAAAGAAAUUGAUGACGAAACAGUUGAAAUCCAAGGUGAAACAUAUAAUAAACUCACAAUAUUGAGAAUUUAUAAUCAUCUUUGCCUUGCUCAUAUACUGAAUUGUAUAUUUUCUGGAAGAAUGUGUAUUUUAGAUUCAAAUAGAGUUGAAAAAUGUGCCACCACUUUAAGUUUAUUAAAUGCAACAAAUUUUGAUGGUCGGAUGGUUAGUGAAAUUGGAUUAUUAUUUAUAACUUAUAAGUAUUUACAAAAUGUAUCGGAAAUUGAUAGUUAUCAAAAAUUGGAUCAUAUAUUUGAAAAAGUUGUUUUAGAUAUUAAAUCAUGGUUUGUUCAAUGGGAAUAUUUAUUCAGUCAACCAGCUUUACAUUUUCUUGAAUUCAAUUAUAAUUUUUGUUCAAUGUUGGUGUAUUAUGUUUAUUGUUUUACAAGAUUGAAAUUGUUGGGCGAAGUUGCUCAUCAUGGAGUAUUAGAUGAAGAUAUUUUCACAGAUGUGUUUCAAAAAAUUGAUAAUGAAAAAUUAUUGGAAACUAUGUAUGAGUAUUGCUUACAAGUAAUUUCACAUACAAAUAAUAUUGAAAAUGAUUCAUAUUUUGCAUAUUUGUCAGAUCAAAUUCAUUUUACAUUCUAUUUUUGUUGUGUUUUCAUGAUUAAAUUACAAAAAGUUAUGACCAACAAAGAUAUGUUACCAGCAAAAAACAGGAAAAGACUCAUUAAUGUUAUUCAGCUGUUGAUUGAUAAAUUUGAGAGAAUCAGUACUGAUUAUCCUCAUGAUAUAAUUGUCACUUACAAAAAUAAUCUAGAAACUUGUUUAAAAGAAAAUUUUAUAUAA